AUGGCCGAUAGCCCUUUUCCAUGCCUUUAUUAUACAAAAAUAGAUCAGAAAUGUGGUAAAUUUAACAACUAGUUACUCCACAAUAGAGUUGUCCAUGAAUUUUACAUAACUGUGUCGCCUAAAUGUGUACAGAAACAGUGUGUGAAACAACAGUGCAACACGGUGAAUUCAAGUAAAUAACAUUGUCUCAUUUUUCAACAUGAGUGCAAGCGGCGAGGGUACAGAAAACCUCAAUAAAGAGGGAGAAACUCCAACCGCUACUGUUUCCGAAGGUAAAAGUCCUACAAAAGACGAUAUUGACGGCUGCAGUUUAAAAGAUGUCGAUCCAAAGCCACUUGUAGCACCAGCUACUAAAGGCGAUAGUUUAGAAGACGCCGCUUUAAUAGAAGCUCUUAUUGAGAAAAAACUCCCUACCGACAAAGAGAAAGGCUUAGAUGUAGACAGUGAAUUAGAUUUUGAACUGAAAUGGGAUGAUGAUGCAGACCUUAAUGAAAAUCAGGAUAUUGAUGAUGUAGGCCUUGAUAGUGCAGGCAAAGAACUAGAAGGCCAGGAAACAGCUAUAGACAAAGAUAUAGACAAAGAAGCUGACAGUGCUUUUACGUCUACAGAGCAGAAUCUUGACACUUUGGGGAAAGUGACGGGAAAUACUUUUACAUCUAUAGAAAAAGAUCUAGAUAGUCUGGACAGAGAUACAGAUAGCGCAUCUACGUCUAUAGAAAAAGAUGUUGAUAAAGAAACUGAAGGCAUUCUAAGCUCUAUUGAUAAACACCUUGAUAUUGUUGGCAAAGAAGUUGAACAUUCGGUAAUAUCAGAAGAAAAGAGUGAUGAUAAUAUUGACAGUGUAACUGAUGAAAGACCUGACCCAAGCACUGUCCGCAAUAUUGAUUCGGAUGUGAAUAUUAAAGCCAUGGAUGUUGGUGAAGAAUCUCAAAAAGGAAUUGACAAUGUAACCGAGAUUAUCCCCACAAGCUCAUGUGCAGACCUUUUAAAUAAAGAAGUGACUGUUGCGGAUAAUAAAACUUUUAACAUAGACACUAAUGUUACACCAGUAGACAUGGAAACCAGAACAUCCCCUGUUGAAUCUGAGGCUAAUUCCUUGGAUGAACAGCUUGUCUAUUCUGAUGCAGAAGGUGAUGUUGAUGAUAAAGAUUUAUUGGAUGAAAUUGAUGCAACUGACAUUAGUAAUGAUAAAUUAGAACAUACUGAAACCCCCAUCUCAUCUGAUCUUUUGACCAGUCAAAAAGAUGAAAUUGAUGCAUCUGACAAUAGUAACGAUAAAUUAGAACAUACUGCAACACCCAUCUCAUCUGAUCUUUUGACUAGUCAGAAAGAUGAAAUAGUUGCAUCUGACAGUAGUAACGAUAAAUUAGAACAUACUGAAACACCCAUCUCAUCUGAUCUUUUGACCAGUCAGAAAGAUGAAAUUGAUCCAUCUGACAAUAGUAACGAUAAAUUAGAACAUACUGAAACACCCAUCUCAUCUGAUCUAUUGACCAGUCCGAAAGAUGAAAUUGAUGCAUCUGACAGUAGUAACGAUAAAUUAGAACAUACUGAAACAGCCAUGUCAUCUGAUCUUUUGACCAGUCAGAAAGAUGACAAAGAAACUGCUGAAAAAGAUGAAAAUGAGAUGGAAGUUGAUGCUGACUUGACAAUAACACAAAUGACACAAAAAUCUGAUCUAAAUCACACAAUUUCAUCAGUCACUGACACGAAUACAUCAUCAUAUGAUAUCAAUAAAGACCAUGGAUUAGACAGACCUGAUGUUAUGAUUGAUAUUCCUACACAAGAAUUGAUUGAUACUUUUGAUGAUGCUGAUGAAACAUUUGAUAAUACCGAGGGCAAAAAAGAUGACCAAUCUGUCAGUAAUAUUAUUGAUAAACUUGAUAUUAUUGGAACCACAGCAGAUAAUACUGAAAAUUUUACAGAACCUAAAGCAAUUGAAGAUUUAAUCAUACCAGAAAAGAAAAUUUCUGAUGAAACUAAUGUUGAUAAAUUAUUGACAGGUGAAAAAUAUAAUUUCAAUAAUAAAUUAGCAUGUAAUACUGCUGAAACAGAAAGUAUGGAUAUUGACACCAAUGAUACUAAAGAAACAGAAAAACUAGAAUUAGAAACUACUGGUCUAGAAACAAACAAACCUAAUGAAGAACAUGUUACUGCACUAGAAGAAAAAGUAACUCAUGCUGAUAUUAUAUUAGAAGCAAAUUCAGAACAACUAAAGGUACAGCAAGAUGCAUCUUUGAUUAACGAAGGAAAAUCAAAUGAAGAACACAAAGAAUCUUCUGAUAAUUUAGAACUUAAAAAUGUUGAUGAUACAGUAACUAAAGAUGUUGAGGAAACACAACCAUCAACUUCUAAGUAUCAUCAAGAAUCGUCAGAUGAGGACCAGGAAGCCACUGACAGUCUUGGGCUGCUGGCAGAGUCAUCAAGGGUUAUGGAUGAUGAAGAUGAACAGGAGCAGGAGCCGGAACCUGAGGAUGAUGAUGAUGAUGAAGACUUUGAUCAGGAUGAUGAAAGUAAUCAAAUGAUUGCUGAGCAUUCAGAAGACUCAAGCGCUCAACAAUCAGAAGCGGAUGUCCCGAAAGAAACCAUGGAAGUUGAUGAAUCAAAUGACGCCCAAGCUGAAGAGUCCAAUGACAUGGCUGAAACGGAUACCCAGGAUGACUUACCAGACGCCGCAGAGACUCCUGAUGAUCAUGAUGAUGAGUCGAGUGAUGAGCUGGAUAUUCAGAUAGGACAGGUUCUGAGUCAGAAUGAGGUGGAAGAUGCUAUUGUGGCCCCAGAAACUUUGGAAACAACGGAUGUGGCACAGGAGGCAAUAGAAGCCCUUCUUGAAGAUGAAAAGGCUAAAGAAAGUACAGAAGUACCACAAAUACUUGCUAUUACUACCGAAAAAGAAACUGUUGAGCCAGCAAAAUCUAACAGUGAAAACGCAGCAAGCAGCAAGUUGAGGCAGCUCCUAAUCAAGGAUGGUGAACCUUCUGCUGAACCGUCAGAACAGAAGAAGUCCCCAAGCAAGACAAAGAAGUUAGAAAUAUCAAAGCCUAAGAAUGAUAUUAACAUUGUUGAGCUGGAAGAAAGCUCCUCUGAAGACGACAUUCAAGUAGUGAAACAAGCGGAAACACCAGCAUCACUGAACGAUGUGACCUCGGUGACAAUUCCAUCUGAAGUGGAAGUUAUGGUGACAGCUGCCGGAGAGACCUCAGACAUUCAGGAGAAAGAUGGGGAAGUGCGAGUGAGCGGGCUGCCUAAACCACAGCCACAUAAACCUACGAGACUGAACACCGACGAAAUCUCCAUCAAGACAGCUUCCACAACUGAGCCUUUAGUCAUCCCCAAAACUACCGCGGCUCCCAAAGCAUCGGAAUCCAAGGCUUCAAUUGACCUCGGCCUGGAGAUAUUCAGUCUCGAUUCAGACGACGAAGAAACAGCAGUUAGGAGCAAACGCAAAAGCAAGCUAACCGCCAUAGAGCUAGACAAAGCCCGCCAAACCAACAAGUGUAUCAACGUGAAUUGCACAAGUGACGGAUCCGUACCGCUAGUACCGGCGUCUAUAUCAGCUGCUAUAUAUUACGCAGCGAACCAGCAACGUGGUGGAGGCCUAUGUCUAUACUGUGCGAAGCGUUUCGAAGAGAGAAGCGAGAAACUAGUGGAAGGCGUGAAAGACCUCACCCCCUUCCUAUCAAUGGACAUGUGCCUGAUUCGUGAGGAGUUCGUUGAGAUAUCCGACUCAGAUUCUGACGAUGAACCAGAUGUGACGAUGAAAAAUGAUAGUGAGAUUAUUGGAGAGAAGGGAGCUAAGUUUUUGGAAGAACAAUUAGCGGACAUGUUUAAUGAGACAUGGAAAAAAUUCAACAUAGAGGAGCGUCUGUUGAGCGCACAGGCGGAGAUCAACGUAGAAGUUAGCCAAUUGGAAGAGGAAUGCAAGCAUAUAGACGCCAUGCUCAACGAGUGUCAAAAGGAAACGGACAAGCUAAGAAACGAUCUGUACGCUAAGUUCGCUGACGAUCGUACAGAAUUGCCGCCCAUUGCGAUCAUUGACACUCCUACUAAUCAGUGGUCCGGACUAGAAGAUGGCGUAACGUCCCCACCACCAGUCCCAGAGACUAGAGAGAGACCCAAACGUCGUUCGGCGGCAGCGGCCGAACCGCCAGCGAAGCGUCCCGCGAUCCCUCUCGGCUACGCGCCGCUAGAUGGCGCUAAUAGCAGCAAACCUGUGGAAUCGAAACCGGCUCCGUCUGCAGACUUGACAGCUCAAAACGACGAUGAUAACGCGGACAUAUCAGUAGUGAAGCUGUCGGUGGAGGCGGCGCCGGCGGGCCUGCCGCCGCCCGGCGUGGCGCCGCGCGCGCCGCUGCGGCCCAACAUGCUCGUCUACGCCAUGAAGAACUCCUUCGGAGCCUGGCACAAGGUCCGCAUACAGGAGGUGCAACCUAAAACGCCCGGUCAAUUCACCAUGUGCCGCGUAAGAUUCGAGCAGCCAAAGACAAUGACGAAAUUGCUUCCGGCGCGUUGCCUCGCUUAUGAACAACCACCAGAAGUGCGGCUUACUAUUGGUACCCGAGUAGUAGCGCUUUUCAAAGAUCAUCGUGUUAGCGUGGAGAGGAAGGAAGAGGGUGAAAAGAAGGAAGCUUACUACUCUGGCAUCGUGGCUGAGAUACCUAACCCGGUCAACCAUUUCAGAUACCUAAUAUUCUUCGAUGACGGCUACGCACAAUACGUGCAGCACGCCAACACGCGCCUCGUGUGCGAGUGCGCCCCGCGCGUGUGGGACGAGGUGCACCCCUUCAGCCGUAACUUCGUCCGGGAUUAUCUGCGGGCGUAUCCGGAGCGGCCCAUGGUGCGGCUACACGCCGGGCAGAGCAUCAAGACAGAGUGGGACGGCAAAUGGUGGAUCUCCAAAGUCCUGCAAGUGGACGCUUCCCUCGUCCUAGUGUACUUCGAAGGCAAGAAGGACAACAAGACAGAGUGGAUAUACCGCGGCUCCACUCGGCUGGCCCCGCUGUACUUGGAGCUGCAGGCGGCCGAGAGGACCAGAGCUCGGCCUCUACCGAGAGCGCAAGCUGCCCGUAGGUUUAACAUGCCGUACGUGGAAUAUACGCGAUCGGAUGAGGACAAGACCGCGGCGACGCCGGUCGCCACUCCGCAACAGACACCGGCGCAGAUACAGGCGCAGAUGGAGCAAGAGAUCCGGCGUCAGCGCGCCGUGGCCAAGAAGUCCACCGCCCUCCCCCCCGCCCCCUCUUACGCCCCCGCGCCCCCCACCCCCGCCGCCGCCACCGCCGCGCGAGACAACGUCACCAGCCGCGUCGUUUUCUACACACCUAAGAACGCAAUUAAGCCUCACAAGAUGGUGACACACACUUGCGGGCCGAGAUGCAGGCGCACCGACGUGCUGGCUCUCAAAGACUUACGGACAUACAAUCCGCUUACGAAACCACUUCUCAGUGGCUGGGAGAGACAAACAGUGAGAUACCGCAUACCGGCGACUAAAGCGGUCAUGUACCGAGCUCCGUGCGGCCGCCGUAUAAGAAACUACGAAGAACUACACAGAUACUUGCAAGCCAUAGACAGCGAUAUGGGCGUGGACUUAUUCGACUUCAAUCCGACUACGCACUGUUUGGCUGAAUUCUUGCUGAAUAAGUGUCUUAUUAGCAAAAAGGAUCUUUCCCACGGCAAAGAAAACGUCCCAGUCCCCUGCGUGAACUACUACGAUUCGUCACUACCAGAGUUCUGUUCCUACAACACAGAACGUACUCCCACAGCCGGCGUGCCUCUCAACAUCGACCCCGAGUUCCUAUGUGGAUGCGACUGUACCGAUGAUUGUGCUGACAAGACCAAAUGCGCAUGUUGGAAAAUGACACUAGAGGGCGCUCGCACCAUUGGCUUGGAUACGAGCGAAGUCGGUUACGUGUACAAGCGGCUACCCGAGCCACUUUCGUCCGGCAUCUAUGAGUGCAACAGCAGAUGUAAAUGCAAGCAGACUUGUUUGAACAGGGUGGCACAACAUCCUUUGCAGCUAAAAUUACAGGUGUUCAAAACAGCGAACCGCGGGUGGGGCAUCCGCGCGCUGAACGACGUGCCGAAGGGCGCGUUCCUGUGCGUGUACGCCGGGAACCUGCUCACCGACGCCACCGCCAACCUGGAUGGUUUGAACGAGGGAGACGAGUAUCUCGCGGAGUUGGACUAUAUAGAAGUUGUCGAGCAAAUGAAGGAAGGUUUCGAGGAAGAUAUACCCGAGGACGCCAAGAAAGCGGACGAGGAGGAAAAUGAGUCUUCAUCAGUGUCGUCAUCGUCCGACGAGGAACAGGAAAAGCAAGAUGGCGACGAUGACUUCCGUCCAGCCAUGCCGGCGGGACGGUACGCUCCAUCUGAGUACAGCAAACGUCUCCGUAAGCGUGAGAAAUGCAAGAAAGAGAGGGAAGAAAGAGAAAUUAAACAGCACGACAAGGACGGAAACGAAGACUGCAUCACCAUCAGCGACGAUGAAGAACUAAGAGAGCCGGCACACUUCUCCGCGCAGGCCGGCAUGGGGGGCAAGGAGUUCAUCUCUAAAUACAAAUCUGUGCGCACACUAUUCGGCAAAGACGAGGCGUGCUAUAUCAUGGACGCCAAGGUUCAGGGCAACAUCGGAAGAUAUCUCAAUCACUCAUGCACUCCAAACGUGUUCGUCCAGAAUGUGUUCGUGGACACGCACGACCCUCGCUUCCCCUGGGUCGCGUUCUUCGCGCUCUCCCAGAUACGCGCGGGCACCGAGCUCACGUGGAACUAUAAUUAUGACGUGGGUUCCGUGCCCGGGAAAGUGCUGUAUUGCUAUUGUAAUGCUCCCAACUGUAGAGGAAGAUUGUUGUAAGAAAAAAUCGAAAUAGUGACUGAUAAACAGACAGACUUAAACAGAUAAUUCAAGUUAAUAGAUACGUAGAAAACUAACAGACAGAAUAAUGUACCACUGGUUUACAAUUAACAUAGAACACUAAUUACUCUAAUUGGCAAUGACAAUCUUAGUCAGACAAGGGCCACUCAGACUGACUCUUUAAGUUAACCAAGCCCAGCUAGACAGCAUUAGACUAGGGUUGCCAUAAGUUGACGUUGACCAGGACAAUUGUUUUUUUUUGCGUUUUUGAUUUAGCGAAACGGGGGUUGCAAAUAUUGCUCCGUUGAGUAUCACCGGGACACCAAGCUGCAAACCGGGACGUAUGGCAACCCUUGAGCAAUUCUGAGCAUUGACGGGGACAAUUUGCUUAAUGGCGGGGACACCAAGCCUCAAACGGAGACAUGUCCCGGUUUAAGGGUACGUAUAUGGCAACCGUACAUUAGACUGACAGACAGGGAGACAUUGACAUGACACAAGGUGAUAUGGUGAUGGGUAGGCACCUAGAUCAUAUAUAGUGUGGAAAGAAUGAAUGGGCCCUGGAGGGAAAGUACCUCAAAACCUUAAGUUAGCUCAUUUUGCUUAAAGAAAACAUUCUUUUAUUUUUGAAAAUAAUGAAUUUUGAAUACAAAAUAUUCGAUUUUAUCGAUAUUUUGUACGACAGAUUUUGUAUUUUGCCUAAUGUUUCUUGGAGAAAUGUUAUCAUUAACAUUAACUGUAUUGAAUAGUAGAAUAAAAUAGCGUGUUUAUUUUUUUAUUUUUAGUCGGUUGAUUCCCGGGUGAAACGAGCGAAUUUCAAAAAAUCUUUGAAUGCAAUUUUGUUUCUUUAAAAAAAAUAAAAGAAUGUUUCCUUUGAGCAAAAAGAGCUAACUUAAGGUUUUAAGGCACUUCCCUCCAGGGCCCAUUCAUUCUUUCCACACUGUAUAUACAGGCAAAAUGAUACAUGGACACACAGACAGAUGUAUUGCUAUGUAAUCAGACUGAAAUGAAAUCAGACUAAUAGAUACAAUUAUGUGCCAUUUUCAACCAAAAGGGUACUUAUUGUCGGUUGUCAAUAAGGCGCUAUUUCCAUAUAGCUUCAAUUCGAAAUCAACCAUAUCGACAAGCGACAAUGUGGUACCUUUUGGUUGAAAAUGUCACAUAUACAGACUAAAGGAGAUGAAAACCGACUGAACCGAAAUAUAUUGACAGACUAAUAAACAAACAGACGGACAAAUGAACAACACAAAAACUCCCUUCUAUAUACAGUUCGGGUCAACGUAAAGUUACAAAAUAAAAUUAUCAACGUAUGAAAUAAGUAGUAAUUAUGGAACUGAGAUUAUGUAUUCUGUCAACCAUUGUCAGUUCAAAUGAUAUCUGUUUUUUUAAAUAAAAUGUGGUUUUCCAUCACAGAAGGGUCCUUACAGAAAUUCUGAUACAAUAGUUCUUAUUGCACAUGAAGCAUAAUGGCCUUUCUGUAAUGGAAAGACACAAAUGUAGUAUUUCCACUAGUUCCAAAAAAAAUCCUAUAAUUAUAGAAAAUGUAUAAAUCUUAAAAUUUCAUGUUUAGAACAAGUACAUAUAGAAAAUGUUUGAAGCGCAGAGUGAAUAAAAAAACCUGAGAUGUAUGUUGCAAUGUAAUCUUUUUUGACACGAAUAGCCGAAUCGUCUUAGUUGAAUAUUAGGAGAAAAUGUAUUUUUUAAGCGCUCAUACUUAUUUGACCCGAGCCAGCGUAUAACUAGAAAUAGAAAGAUACUUAUGGGAAAUUGUGAUAAAAUAAAAAUACCAAGGCUUCUGACCAAAUAAAUUGAAUAAGUACAUGAAAUUUUGUAAAUUUUAACUACCUAUCCAAUGAUUGACACUUAAAAGUACCAGUGUUUGGCACUUUUUGUAGGAAAGUCACCACUGCUGCUUAAAAAGCUGCCUUAAAAUAAGUGCUAAAAUUGGUAAGGUGCCAAGGACAUGACAUUUCUAGUCUAUAGUCAAAAUUUGUCAAAGAUUGCUCGGUUUGAAUAAGUUCGAGAUGUUAUAUGUGGCUUUCCAUCACAGAA